CGCAUCGGCCUUCCCGCCGCCAUGGCUGCACAUCGGGUUUUGCAGUCCGGAGACCUCCUCCAACAAAUUUUCAGUCACCUCGAUCCUCACUCGUCUCCGUGGCACAAUCGCUCGCACUGCAGAGGAACACUGUCGUCGUGUGCUCGUGUCAACAAGGCUUUGUCCACUUCUGCUGUGUCCGUUCUCUGGAGGCACAUGUACAGCCUUCUCCCGUUAUUCAAGGUCCUGUCGUCCUUCCAGAAGGUGAAUAUCAUCGGCGAUGACUCUGACUCUGACGAGGCCGGCGGCGACUUGAACGCCAGAGCACAAUAUGUGAGUUAGACGAUUGUCUUUUUGUGCAUCCGUGAAUGAGUAUACCUCGUCAGCGCCUACUUGGCCAACUCCUGCCCGCAGAUUUGCGUCGCUUUCAACACUAUUCUCAGCUCAUCUUCGACCUCCAGGUGGAGAAAUAUAGACCAGGAGUGGAUUCGUAUGUCCUUCUCUCCCUUUCCAAGGCGCUUGCCGGACAACCUCUCUUGCCGCGGCUGCAAAAACUUCGCUGGUCGCAAUCACACCUCAGUGAUCAUGACAUCCUCCAUUUCAUCUCCCCCUCCCUUCAUUACCUCAUUUUCAACUACGACGGCUAUGCUACUUCAAUCGUAUCAGCCGACUCCGGGACUGAAUGCUUGUUUCUGUUGGACACACUUCUUCAGCAAGUGGCAGCAGCCGCACCAUCUCUACGAAGGCUGUGUCUUGCAGCGCACGAGACUAUGCCCUGCGCGUUUGUCCCCUUUUCCGUAUGUCGCAGCCUACGCCAGGUGGACAUCUCAGCGAGGACUCUCGUAGGGCGGUGCACGUAUCUGUCUGCGCUGACCUCGCUGCAAAACCUCACCACCCUUGCCCUUUCCGGCCUCUACACGCUGGAAGAUGACGAUGUCAAGGCUCUUCAGGGCUUCAGCACCCUGGAGCAAAUCAUUCUCGAGGGCGAUUGUGCAUCACUGGGCUCCGUCCUCCUGCAUGUAGGAAGAUCUCCCUCCACUAUACAAAAAGUGGGUAUCUCUGUAAUUGGCUACAAUACCGAGAAACAAGCAGCGUUGAUGGCCAUCAUCGUGUCUCAGUUCUCUGCGUCGUUGGAAGACCUCCGUCUGAAUACGUUGAUAGAUGAGGAUAUCCCGUUACACAACACCAUCCCUCUGCCUAUGACAGUCAUCCGACCACUUCUCUCCAUGGGACAGCUAUGUAACGUCUACUGGGCGGGUGGCUUUGUACCGCCGUCGUCCGCCGGCUGGUCCAACGAAGACUUCUGUGCUAUGGCUUCGGCUUGGCCCAAGCUGAUCUCGUUGGUGAUCCUUUGGGAUUCCUGGCCGCAGACGCGUGCAGUGCCAAGCCCCACGGUGACUCUGGAAUGCCUGCCGCAUAUCGCGAGGGCUUGUCCGUGCUUACGGAUGUUGCGCAUUACGACCUUGAAGUGGACGUGGGCAGCCGAUCUGGAUGCCUAUCCUAUCAUGUCGCAUCGCCUCGAAAGGCUCGAUACCGACAUAUACACCACGGAAGACAACUCAGCACCUGGAAGAACUGUUGCGGACACCGCACUUUUCCUUGACCGAUUAUUUCCCUAUCUUGAUGCACGCGACAACGAGUUAGCCCCCCAGCCCCAGAUGUCCAAAGACAUCUUCAAGCACAUCUGUACCCUUCAGGCAGCGAGACUCCAGGAACGACGUCGUAUCACGUCGGAGAAGCGAUGAGCUUUCAUGUAGGCUACUAUCUUGAUGGUCUUCUGCCAUAACCCCUACCCACUGAUUCCUUAUGAUACUGUGCUUUCGUAGUACAGGGUACUCGAGAUGAUCAUUUUGUAGUCUGGUAUAUAAAUCGCUCACAAGAGGUUACAGCUCACAGUACUUAAAAUGUGUACAUGUACGGUUCAAUA